UCUCUCUCUCUCUCUCUCUCUCGUGCUGUGAAAGCUGCAGGUUGCAUGAGCACUUUUGCAAUGUCUGUGUCUGGGUGCUGCACUUGGAGCAUCUCCCCAAAGUCUUUAGAGACAGUCCGUUGUGAGCAGGCCACAGAGAGCUUCCAGCUUCCAGGUUUUGUGCCGUAACGUCAGUAGAGUGAUGCAGCGUCGUCGCCAUUUGUGGUCGCGAGCUCACCAGCUGUGUGCUAGUGCUGCAUGUUGACCCGUGACCACUGCUCAGCUGAGCCAAGGCAUUUCACUUUGUUCUUGUUCUUGUCCUACUUCUGCAAGCUUGAGUUUCUGAGCUGCAGUGAUGGAGUAGAGUGAUGUUUCAGCAGUUGAUCAGUUUUUGGGUUUGAGGGCUCUAGGUUUGGCAUUUUAGGCUGACGGUGCAUGCUCGUAUCCCUGUAGAGUUUGCUAUCUUCUUUUUGCUUCUGUGAGGGUUUUGUGUUUGCUUAAGCUGCAGUGUGUGUGCUAAGUUACUGGUGUUCAAGGGUUUUGGGGUGGUUUGAGGGAUUUGACAAGAGGCUUGGUACUUAAAACGUUCCAGUCUGCAUUGAGCUGUCAUGACACUGUUGUCGGCGUCCAUGGCUUUACCCUCAAGUGAUCACUGACCUAAGUUUUGUAAUUGGGUCUCACAUUGCAUCGACAGAGGGCAAUGCUGUGCAUUCUGAAAGCUCUCAACCACGGGUUUAAGUUCGGUACUUACCGCUAAACCUAAACGGAGAGGGCGAGAGGAUAUUACAUGGUUCGACAUCACGGCUGUUGCUGCACCGAAACGAACAAGGUUUCGAUGCCUGUCAUGGGCAUGAGGCGUAUUCUGCAGCUGAUCCCAAUCUUUUGCAUUAUUGCUGGUGCAUUCGCCAUACCCUCGUCGGAAGAGCUGAAGGAAAAGCAGUGGCAGAACUACACGAGCAAGCUUCAGAUAGAGGAUUUGAAGGAGUUUGGCACAAAUGGAAGCAUGUGGCUGAAGGGCAACAUGUUGAGAUUGACGAAUGGGACCGAGUUGCAGCUUUUUCCUACCUCCGAAACUCAGAUACACGAACACGUUAAUGGAACCCGGAGGAAGCUGGGCGUCUUCCGCCAGUGCUCUCCCUGUACUUGCUGCGACAAGACACGGCGCUGGUGCCUGCCUACUUUUUGCUGCUACAACAUUCUGUGUGGAGUGCAAGGCUUACCCUAUGGGCUGUGCUCUUUCAUCCCCAUCUCAUGCGCGUGCUUUGGCUGUAGGAAGUGAAUCAAUGGCAUCCUUCUUGAUGUGAAGCUAGAUGUUUUAGGUACUGCUCAGAAACCGACAUGUAAGAUCUUCGUUGGUGUCAAUUUAGCGGAAAAAAUGGAACAUGAUAGGGGUUGGAUCAGGAAUAUGCGAAUUGAUAAACAAGAACUGUGUGCAAUAAGCAGCAUUGUCGAAGUUGAGAAUCUGCAGUUGUCUUCUUUUUAGUGAGAUUGAACAACUUUCCGCCUCA